CGAUCCAAUGAAGACAAAGCUGCCCAAACUGCUUGGGGAAGUUUUUCUCUUGGAAAUUCCAUCAAAAAGUCAAGUCUGCGUUCGCACUGUUGAAUACCCAUUCGAUUCGGUUGUUUGCUCGCCAAGUCAGUACGAUAUAUUUUUUCUUCUGCAGUUUAAGGUGACGGAUUUAUCACAGAUUUUGUCGGAGUACAGCUUUUCCUGAUAGCGCUGUUUAUAUUAUUAUAAUUAGGGGUUCCAUCAGCUCGAUCGAGCUGGUUUAUAGACAUAUAAAUUGUGUUGGGUCCGCAGUGACACAUUGUGACAUUGGGAUGGUGCCGACUCCGUUUACAUGGCGCUAUGGAGGUCGCCAGGUCUCGCUAUCUGGCUCCUUCAAUGGGUGGAGAGAGGGGAUACGGUUGCCUUUGAUUGAAGGUUCUGGAACUGUUUUCCAGAUAAUUAUUGAUCUUCCACCAGGUUGCUAUCAGUUCAGAUUCUUGGUUGAUGGUACAUGGAGAGUUGAUCAGCAGCAAAUAUGUGAGACUGACGAACAUGGAAUUAUGAACAAUAUAGUCCUAGUGAAUGGAAACAACUUCAUGUUUCAAGAUUUGAAUGCUGCACCUUUUGAGGCUAGUACUAGCGGAAACAAUGAAGUCAUGCCAUCUGUGGGCUCGUCUUCAGGCAGACUCCUUAGUGAACCGGUUGAGCAAUUAUCAGAUGGAGAUCUGGAUGCCUUUCAUCGAGUUUUGUCUACACAUUUGUUAUCAUCUACAGCAUACGAGCUGAUUCCAAAAUCAGGCAAGGUCAUUGCACUUGAUAUUGAUGUGGGUGUAGAGGAGGCCUUCAAUGUUAUGUAUGAACUGGGAAUCAAUUCUGUGCCUCUAUGGAAUGAAAGUAUUGGACAAAUGGUGGGGAUGCUGACUGCUUCAGAUUUUAUUUUGGUUUUACUUCAGCUUCAGAGAAACAGGGCAAUGUUUGCCGAUGUAGAUCAUGAAAUACGCACAAUAUCUUCCUGGAAAGCCUGGAAGCUCCAAAACUAUAGAGAUAUAGUCGGGACUCUGCAUCCCAUCCAGAGGAGACCAUUAAUCUAUGCUGGUCCGGAUGAAUCGCUAUGGAAUGCAGUUCUGUGGAUUCUUAGAAAUAACAUUUCUGCUGUCCCUAUUAUACAGCACUCGGCGGAUGGGUCCUUCACUCAUUUGUUACACAUUGCAUGCCUUGCUGGAAUAUUAAGGAGUGCGUGCGAUAUAUGCAGCCAUUUUGAAGGCCGCCUUGGGCAUGUUCCUCUUUUACAGAAACCAAUUGGUUACAUACCGAUAGGUACUUGGGCUGUUAAUGUUAGAAGAUCAGGUGGUCGUGCGCUCUUGACAGUGCACCCCAAUGACCCUCUUAGUUCUGCUCUUACUUUACUUCUGGAAGCUCAAAUAAGUUCAGUUCCCGUAGUUGACGAUGCCGGUAAUAUCAUCAAUGUAUACUCCAGAAGUGAUAUUACAGCAUUGGCAAAGGACAGUUUGUAUACUCGUAUUCAACCCGAGCACAUGUCAGUAUCUCAGGCAUUGGAAGUGAUCAACGUCACAGGUCGUCGAACCAGAUACCGGACAUGCACUAGAUUUGAUUCCCUGUAUUGGGUGAUGCAACUUCUCUCCGAACCAGAUGUGCGGCGCAUCAUUGUCGUCGAGGCUUCCACCGGUCGCCUCGAAGGCGUAAUCACCUUGCAGGACAUAUUUAACUACUUUUGUCUAGGCAACAGCUCCAGAAGCCCUCCUUCAAGCUAAGCUAAGCUAGGCUAGGCUAGGCAACAUCUUCAAACUAGGUACUACAUUCACUUAUGGAAACCAAAAUUCCUUUGUUUGUAAAUAGUACUAAUAUACUACCAAGUAUGGAAUUCGAUUCCAUAUAGGCUAUUAUUCGGAUUUAGCGGCGAUUGCGACGCUAAUUUAAUAUAAAAUAGAACCAACGAUACGUAUUAAUACUUCAUGAUGUCUUGUUAUAUUUUCGUAUAUUAUUUAUAGUAUUUUUAUGUAUUGAUUGAGGCAAUCAGCACGAUGUUGAUAAAUUUUCAAUAAGCACUCUAACAGGGAGUCAUUCGCUCUUGACG